GAUGCUUUAAGCUCUGUAAAUAAUAUCAUAUCUCCUCUGGAUCAUACACAUUUUCAUGACCAUUCAAACAAUAAUGUAAAUCAGUACAAGAUCUAUAACAAUGAAUUCCAGAAAUAACUUAUUUUAUAAUUAUGCAAGAUUCAGCAUCUGCUGGCUGCCAUCAGCCGGGUACUUUUUAACUUGGGAUCGGGCGGCACUGGACUCUCGGGUGUCAUCGGAAAUCGUAGCUGCCAGAAAAUAUAGCAGCUGGUUGCCGCCUGACAGCCACUCAGCCAGCCUCUCUGAUUGUAGCCCAUCUUAACUUGUAUACACACACAGUACACCAACACCAACACCAUUCACCGUGUCACCUGUGCUGUGCAUUUUUGCUUCUACAUAGCAAUUCUAAUAUUUCUAAUUCAUGUACCUUAAGCUGGCUGUUUUAGAGCUUCGAUGACUAUGUUGGAACAGAUAGAACUACUGUUUUUCGAUACAUUCGCUCAUGAUAACACAGAGGAAAUCAAUUUAGAUCUGGUGCAGUUUCCAAAGCCAGUCUUUGUCACUGAAGUAAGAAUAAUUCCUUUGGGAGCUCGUGUUCAAGCAGAUUUUCCAGGAGGUGUCAGACUUGGAGCUACAAAUCCCAGUCAGUUUGAUAUUGAAUUUUUUGUGAAUGAUUUAGGAAAACCUGGAGCUAGCACUUUUGAGACAUUGGGAGGAUUCAAGUAUGAUCAAAAUGGUUGUAUAAAUUUGGAGUGUGCUGCAGAAGAAAGCAUUAGAAAAAUACCAACUGAUGGACUGGUUCUGAAAGGAUGGUAUACAACGAUCACUUUGGCAGUAUAUGGCACACUCACAAACAAAAUUACCGAACAAAUAAUCCAACCAGUCGUGAACCCUUCUCUUCCUGCUCAGCCCAAUACAAUUGCAGACGUUCAACAAAUCUGCUCUAGCCAACCAUUAGAGACAGAGUGGCCACAAGAAAAUAUUCAAACCCUUCCAAUAGACUAUAAUACACAACAGGCAACGCCCUAUCAGACAUACAACCAACAGGAACCUUUUACUCAGGAUUACGAGUAUUAUAGUGAUGUUCCUAAAGAUCCUAGGAGUUAUCUUCAUAAUCCGGAGACUGAAUGGGAUAGUAAAAGUAGAAGUAGGGUUUCAGAUGCUGAUAGAGAUAAGGAUAGGGAGCGUAAUCGAGACGUAGGAUAUCAGAAACAAGCAACUUCGGAACGAGAUCACAAUAGACCAGAACUACGUCGAGACAGAGAGAAGCGCUUUUCCAGAUCACAAAGUGGUGAGCUUGAAAGACCCUCUCGUGAAUAUAGAGACAAUGAAAAUGAUAAGGAAGCAGAGUGGAAAGAUCAUGAUCAUCAAGAAUAUAUUCCUACAGAACGAUCGGAGCAUGACUGGAGUGAACGAGAAAAAGAAAGGGGUCAUGAGAAGGAGAGAGAAAGAUGUUAUAAGCAUGACGAUAACUAUAGAAGAUCUCACAAUAGGGAUGAGAGGGAGCGAGAUGACAGGAAACGUCCCAGGACUCCUCCAAUUCAGUCCCCAAAGCGGCCUCAUACCCCACUUAAUCUCGAAAACAAAGAGAUACUGAUUACAGAAUCUAAAAAUAUCAAUAAACAGGAAAACAGUUCUGAAAAAGAUAUUGGGGAAGAAUCAGAGAAUAAAAGUCCAAUCAAUGAACCCAAAGAAGUGCACAUUUCACCCAUUGAAGAACCUGCUCCGAUAGAUGUUGAAGAAUUUGAGCCAAUUUUGAGUGACGAAGAUAUUUUAGAUGACGGAGAUCACUAUCAAGAUUUGGACUACGACUAUACCACAUAUACCAAUAAUGAUGACAUAAUCAAACUCUUCACCCCUGGCGUAACACCAUUGUUGCAUUAUCCCAAACCUGUGAACUUUUACAUCACAGAAAACUCCAUUGAUAUUGAUGAUAAUCUAAGAAAUUGCAUUGGAAUAUCUGAUGAUUAUUUCAAAUCUGGUAUAACCAAGUUUGAAUUGAGUUCAUUCGAUAGACUAAACACGGAAAUUAAAGAAGAAUUCAUACACCUAUGUGAAAGGGUUAUGGGUACUGUAGGACCUUCGUCCACUUUUUGUGAUAUAGUAAAACUGUAUAUUGAUACCAAAUCGAUGAACGUUCAGAAUUUGAAACACGAAGAUAACGAAUUGAUUGAUCAAGUGAAAUUCAUUGUUGAAACAAUAAUGGAAUGGCUUAAAAUAUCUUUAAAUUAUGAAUUAGCCAAUAUUCAAGACCAACCUGCUUAUAAAAUAAGACACAUCAAAUGUGGAGUGAGAUUAGCAGAUUAUUGUUGUAAAUGUCUGGAUUUUUUGAAACUUCUAUGGCAAAAUGAUUUCAACAUACAUAAGGAAUUACUAAACCUAUAUGAACAGGAAUUCAUGGCAUUAUCAAUAAAACUCAUUAUCCUCAAAGCUUUGGACAGCUAUCUACAACACAAAUUUUCUAUAGAAAAAUUCUUACUGAGUAGUUCUAAAGACCCAGACAAACAGAACGGUUUCAAUGAUGAUUUGCCUGUUGAUGAUGCAAAUGGCUAUAAGACUUUAGUUGGUUACAUGAUGAAUGAGCCGUUGGUACGUGCAAAAUUCGCUAUAUCGUCAAUUUUGAGGAAGCUGAAUUUAUUCGAAAUAAUAAGAAAGCUACAUGUUAUUGUAGUGAAGUUAGGAGAUAUUUCUCAUGAUAUAUCAGCUGAGGAAAUUAAUCUUAUAACCAAAUCCUUAAAUGAAAUACUUCGAUACUGCCAUACCGGUCCCUUUGUACUUUCACAACCAAAGAGGUUUUUACCCGUUUCUUCACAAUUUGAAAUUAUUAGAAACGAGUCAUAUGGAGUAUUUGUUGAAUACUUUGAAAUGUUCAGUGUCUUGCAGUGUUUUGUUUUACUUCUCACCUAUCAUAGUACACUGAAUUUGCCAUUGAUAAAGACUCCGAUAUUUGGGAUAAUAUCGAGAUUAUUGGACAAACAAGAAGGGUUGCAUUAUUUGUCUGAAAAUGUAGACACAGUUAAUGUUCUACUGAAAUGUUUGUGUAAAACGGAUGACCAAUUUCAGUAUGAGUACAUAGAAAUGAAGUCCCAUCAUUUAGGGCUCAAGAUAGCUUAUAAAAUUCAUGCUCUUUAUCAUAUUGACUACCUUUUGGCCACUGGCCGUUCAUUUAACUUUGACUGUGACACUUCAGAAGUUAUAGAUCACCUACAUGAGUUGUUCUGUUUAACUUUUAAUCCUAUUGGAAAAGUUUCAUGUGCAGAAGUAUUAGGUUUGGACAAUAACAUACAAAGCAUUCUGCAAUUUUUAGAAUUCAUUGUUACAAAAGAGAAAACAGAGUCAAUAAUAGCACGAGUCAAAAAAUCAACUGGUAUUGCUUAUAUUGUGGAUUUAUUACUGAUUACUGUGUCAGUUGUCUCAAACAUUCCAAUUAUGGAAAAGUAUUCGAAAAUGUUGAUACAUAUAAUUAACCAACAAGACAUAUUUGAAGAGAGUGUGAGUCUCAAACUAAUCGAGUUACGGUCAUAUAUGAUACCAUUUGAAGGUAUGCCCACUCUCUCAUACGACAACAUUGCAUCCUUUGUGGAAAUAAUUGAUAGAAACUGUGAAAACGCCGUAUCUAAUUUGGGUGUUUUAACCACAGCCUUGAGAAUUCUUGAAUACCUUGGGAUUGCUGAAAAAUCACAGCUGACGAGUUCACAGAAUCCAUUAUCACAUUACAUAGAGCUGAAGUAUAAGCAUGUUAUUCUACAACUUUAUACCCUGGAUGGAAUGAGCCUUUUAGGCAGAGUCUUGCAAAAAAUAAAUGACCAUUAUGAGCAACCAAGCAUCCAUUCAUCAGCCUUCGUCUCUAGUCAAGGUUGGUCUUUAUUGAAUGUAAUCGAACCUACUAUUCUGCUUGUUAAACAGAUGUUAUCUUAUGUAAUUCAAUGCCGAAAUACAAACUUCAGAGAUCUGACAGCCAUUCCUAUUUUUCUGCAAACGUACAGUUUGCUUCAUAGCUUCCCGCCUACGUCUCCAGGAUUCUUUUUUGCUCAAGAAGUCAAAUCUCACAUAGUUGAUACCCUCUUAGUGUAUACUCAACCUGUUUCUGAUCAAAUAAAUGAAAAAGAUUCGCUAACAAAAUCUCUGUGGACUCAAAUGUGUGGAGAGAUAAUAAAAUAUGUGACACAGUCACCCCAUACUUUCAUCCCAGGUUUGCUUAUACUUUCGGAAAUCCUACCAUUGCCGCUACCAAUUCAGACAGUAGAUGAAUUGUCAAAAGAUGAAAUUUCAUGGGUUAUAAAUUUACGAAAGCUUUGGUCAGCACACCUGCAUCCCCAUAGUGCUAUAAUGCAAGAUAUGGUAAAUAAACUUUGUAUAUCGACACAGACGCAGUUGCUCAAUCUUCUCAGACGUAUUUGUGUGCAAAUUGCUGACUUGUCGGCCAACUCUGCAAUAAUGAUAGCAAGAGGAAUCCUUGACAAUAUUUACGAUGCUCUGAUACCGAAAGAAGAUGCUGAAAUUGCACCUUGUAACAGUCAUAUCGCUCGAUUAUUGAAUUUUCUAGCAUGUCUAGUUACACAUAACACUAUCAAAUGUGCUGUGCUACAUGUGAUACACACUAACAGUAAUGUAACUCUCAAAACAGAAGAACGGUAUGUCUCUUUGAUACCUGCCUUUGCACAAGUGUUGAAAACAAGCUCAACUAUCAACAGUCAUGUGCAAUGUCAAGAAUGUAUACUGAGUAUCAUACAGAGUUUUUGUGAUACAGAGAUUACUUUAAUGCAGAACAGUGUUUCAGGAGGUGUAAUAACAUCAGACGAAUUUCUGACUAAUGCUUUGCCUAUUAAAGAUCAUCUUUUGGCAUUUAUACAGAUGAUUUGGGAGCACCUGAUUUCAGAAAAUUCUUUUGUCACCUAUUUACCCAUUUUGAGGAUAUUGCUUUUACUAUCAGAGCAUGAUUAUGGGUUUUAUCAUUUGAAAGAACACCUGCUUAAGAAGACUGAUGUUUUUGUCGUGCUGUUAGAUAAACUUUCGACAAACUUUUCAAAAGAAAAUGGAGAAUGUCUCUCUACACUAAAUACCCUUAUAGAAUUUUUGAGAGUGUGCAAUUCGACAGAUGAAGAAAGUGAUACGACCUUAUUAUAUACUCCAAGGAAAUCAAAACUUUCUUUGAGUGAACUCAAAAGCCUUAUUGGAUGGACAAGUGAAGGAAAACCUGAAAAUCAUCAAUUUUUUUCGUUGCAAACUAUUUUGAAGGAAGCUGUUGCAGAAAAUAGCACAUUCGAGAGUUUCCUAGAAGGCCUAACUGCUUUUCUCAAAAUACUGGAAGAAGACUAUUCCGAAAUUAACAAAGACUUCGGUAAUGAAAUCAUUCUGGCCGCACCAGAAAGUUUGUUGGUUCAGUUUUCAUGUAGAGCAAUCUUCAGUUCCUCUGAUGUUUGUGAUGAAAGAUUAACUGCAAGUUAUUGGUUAGCAGUACCGUCGGACGAAGGCGAAAAUGAAUUGGAACAUGUUCCUUGUGAUUUGAUAGAUAUUUGUCGACAGAAUUUGAGACCAGAAUAUAGCUUAAUCAAGGAUAUUGAGAAAUUGUGUAGAAUAUCUCGAACUGAGAUUGUCGAUGAUAAGGAAAAGAGAAUCGAUGAUGAAAAUAUGAAGAAACCUUUUGUGACACCUACCAGAACGAGAGGUUUCCCAAGAACAGUUCCUCAGCGUCCUGAUUUAUUCAGAUCGAGGCCGCCGAAUACUUCCAGGCCUCCCUCGCUGCACGUAGACGAUUUUGUUGCUUUGGAGACGUGUGGUGCACAACCAACUGGACCCACUGGGUAUAACAAAAUUAGUCGAGAUAUGCUGGCUUCCACAAGAAUCGCUAGGGGUACAAGGGGCAGAGCUUUUGUUACAUCAGAAAGAUCCGUGCAGUAUAGACAAAUGCCGUGGUGGGGAGCUGGCAUGGGGAGAGGACCUUACCAGAUGUAAAUAUUGAGAAUGAUAAUACAUGUAAUUUCAAGUAUGUUUGUAUUUUGUAUGUUUAUGCAUAACAGUAAGUGUAAAUAUUAGAAGUGUACC